AUGGUAGUACCCAACGACUCCCGCUUCGAUUUCAUCGUCGUUGGCGGCGGUACUGCAGGCAACUGCAUCGCUGCUCGACUGGCUGAGAACUCCGACGUCAAGGUCCUUGUGGUCGAGGCAGGCGUCGCCAACUCGCACGAGAUUGAAGACAUCACCACCCCGUCCAAGGCCUUCGGGCUGCGGGGCAGCCAGUACGACUGGGCAUACAAGACCACGAUGAUCAAACGCGACGACUACGAGCGCGUGGAGAAGCCUAACACCCGCGGGAAGGCGCUCGGCGGCAGCUCGUGCGCCAACUACUUCACAUGGAUUCCCGGAUCGGCCGCUACUUUCGACGACUGGGCGGAGUUUGGCGGCCGCGACUGGACCUGGGCCAACUGCGUGGAGUACCUUCGCAAAUGCGCCACCUAUCACGACGACGAAAAGCUCUACCCGACCGACCUGCACAAGAUCGGGUCUGGGGGGCCAGUCCACAUCUCCCACGCCGAGCUGGUCCCGGAGCUGCAGCGCUUCCGUGACGCCCUCUCCGAGGCCUGGACCUCGCGGGGCGAACCCCUCACGGAGGACAUCUACUCCGGCGAGAUGCACGGCCUCACCCACUGCGUUGAUUCCAUCUACCAAGGCCAGCGCCAGGGUAGCUACCAGUACCUUCGCAACCGAUCCAACGUCACUAUCCUGUCGGGCGCACACUCGAAACGCCUCCUCAUUGAUCCGGCCACCCGCGUCUGCUCGGGCGUCGAGGUCCUCAUCCCAGCCACGAAUACCACCCUCCGCCUCCACGCCACCCGCGAGGUCAUCCUGUCCCAGGGUGUGUUCGAGACGCCCAAGCUUCUCAUGCUGAGUGGAGUCGGCCCUAAAGAUGAGCUGACCAAGCACCACAUCGACGUCAUCCUUGACUCCCCGCACGUCGGCCAGCACCUCCUCGACCACCCGAUCGUGCCCUUCGUCCUCCGCAUCAAAGACGGCUACAGCCUGGACGACCACCUUCUCCGUGCCGGCCCCGCCAAUGACGCCGCCGUGGCCGCCCACCGCCGCGACAGGACCGGUCCCGUUAGCUCCGGCCUGCUAGAGAUGGUCGGCUUCCCGCGCAUCGACGACCGACUCAACCAGUACGCGGCCUACCGCAACGCCAAAGCCGCCAACGGUGGCCGCGAUCCCUUCGGUCCGGCGGGCCAGCCGCACUUCGAGCUCGACUUCGUCGGCAUGUUCAGCACUGCCUUCCAGUGGCACUACCCCGUCCCCAAGGAGGGGAGCUACAUGACCGUCAUCGUCGAUCUCCUGCGUCCCGUGUCCGAGGGCGGCGCCGUCACGCUCAACUCGGCGGACCCUCUCGUCCAACCGAACAUCAACCUCAACUUCUUCGCCGAUGACCUGGAUGUGCUGGCCAUGCGCGAGGGCGUGCGCUGGACGUACGAUGUCCUAACGAAGGGCGCUGGGUUCAAGGAUAUCGUGCUCGCCGAGUACCCGUGGGAGAUGCCGCUGCACUCGGACGAGGCGAUGAACAAGGCCGUCCUGGAACGAAGCCAGACUGGCUACCACCCCUGCGGCACCACCCGCCUGUCCAAGAGUAUCCACCAGGGCGUGGUGGACUCCAAGCUGCGCGUGCACGGCAUCCGGAAUCUGCGCGUCGCCGACGCGUCGGUCAUCCCGGUCAUUCCGGACUGCCGUAUCCAGAACUCGGUAUAUAUGAUUGGCGAAAAGGGCGCCGAUCUGAUCAAGGCCGAUCACCGGGAUCUCUACGAAGCGAAGGGGAUCCCGUAUCUGAUUCCUAGCCGAUUGUAG